AUGAAGCUUGAGGAGCUAACCUCUGCAAGCAAGCAGAAUGAAGUAUCCGUAGACCACAUUAUCUGCAAGAUCUUCCCCUAUUCUCUAUCUGGAGAUGCAUUUAGCUGGUUCAGUCAGUUGCUGCCAAGGUCUUUAACGUGCUGGGAGGACAUUAAGACCGCCUUCCUCAACAAAUUUCUCUAUGAAGCUACAUCCACUCGACAGAAGGAGUUUGAUGAUAUGUUGGACAAGAUGAUUAAAGGCCAGGAGACGGAAUUGAUGGUUGGUAUAGUCUACAGUGAGCUUAAUGAGGAAUCUGAAACCAUGAACACUCAGAUCGAAAAGCCAGCCAUUGAGAUUCAGUGGACAGAUGAGUUUGUGCGAAGAGAAGAAGCUGGCAUUACUGACACGACCUCCACGUCUAUUGACGGUAUGACCUCAACGUCUACCGACAGCAGGACUUCAACGUCUACCUACGGCACGACCUCAACAUCGACCGACGGCACGACCUCAUCGUCAACCGACGACACGACCACAACGUCGACGGAUGGCACGACCUCAACAUCGAUCGACAGUACCACCUCAACGUCUACCAACGUUACAACCUCAAUGUCGAUCGACAGUACGAUCUCAACGUCUACCAACGGUACAACCUUAACAUCGAUCGACGAUGUAGAAAAAGAGAUCACCAUGGAAGAUUUCUUGGAGGUAGAAGAGUUCUUGGAGUUUGAGGAUGGAGAAAAGCUUGAAGACUUGGAUUCGAGUAGAGAAGUGACUAUGGAAGACUUCUUAGAGCUGGAGGAAUGGCGUGAGGAUAUGGAUCAGAAUUCGGAGAAGAAGCUUGAUGACGAUCACCAUACUUCGAGAGGAGAUCUGGAGAGUGGUCAAUCACCAUCUUGUAGCAGAAGUUAG